AGGCUGUAGUGCAUUGUGGCACUGUGGUUUUGUCCCUGUGUGGCCCCUCUGGGGCAGCUGAGCUGUAAGCAGUGCCUGGAGCUGUGUGUGAGCUCAUGGUGGUGCUGCUGGGCUGGGACUGUGCUUUGCCCCAGCCAGGCAGGGCUGUGUGUUGGGGCAGGAGGGCGGGAGGAGAGGUCGUUUUUCCUUCCCUUCCCUUCCUGCUGUCUCUGAGCUUUGGUUGCUGCUGACUGACUCUGUCUCCUCCCUUUCUCUUGUGCUGCGUUCAGUGGAGGAUGAUGAGGAUGAGCUUGUUCAAAAGCCCAGGUAAGGGGAGCGUGUGCCAGGGCACAGCAGGAGCCAUGGGAGUGCCCAGCCGGGACUCAGCCCACCUGGCUGGUUUGCACUCACUGCUUGCAGUGACUCCUGGGUAAUUCUAUGCCCUGUUACUGAUUCUUCUCUCCUCUCCUCCUCCUCCUUUCUUCUCCCAUUCCCUUUCUGUCCUCUCCUCAGAGCUGAGCUGUUGGCAGAGCCCACCCUGUGCUCACCCCACAACAGGCACUGGUAGCACUCGGCCACUGCUCUGACCGUCACCUCAGGAGGGUCCUGUCCAGGCAGCUGGCAGCCAGGCAGGCUGUCACUAAAACAGGGUGUCCCUGUGCUGGCUGUGCCUGGCAGGACCCACUGAGCACUGCUGGCAUGGAAUUGGGGAGGCUGAGCUGCACCAUUACUGCUUGAUCAAAUGGGAUCUGGAGGAGGAGGCUGGUGGCACUGGCAACACCUUGCUGGGAAUGUUGGGAGUUGCUGGGCAGCUCCUGCGCCUGGGGCACGGUGUCCCAUGAUCCUGGCAUGGGACAGAGCUGGGGAUGCCCAUGGGCCCAGCUGGGGGACAGGGCAGCAGUGGCAGCCCCCAGAGCCACCGGAGCCUCCCAGCACUCACAUGUGUGAUCCUGGGAAGUUGAGGCUGAUGGAGGACGCUGAGGGCUGGCAGCCUCGCACUGGGACCUCCCAGUCCCGCUCCUUCCGCAAACUAGCCCAGAUGGUGGGCACAGAUGUCAUGGAGGAUCGUGAGGAUGAGCUUGUUCAAAAGCCCAGGGAUGCCCGCCGGUCCAGCUGUGGCACGGGGGAGCAGCGGCAGCCCCCAGAGCCACUGGUGUCCCCCAGCACUCCUGUGUGUGACCCUGGGAAGUUGCGGCUGUUAGAGGAUGCUGAGGGCUGGCAGCCUCGCACCGGGACCUCCCAGUCCCGCUCCUUCCGCAAACUGGCCCAACUGGUGGGCACAGAUGACAUGGAGGAUCGUGAGGAUGAGCUUGUUCAAAAGCCCAGGGAUGCCCGCCGGUCCAGCUGUGGCACGGGGGAGCAGCGGCAGCCCCCAGAGCCACUGGUGUCCCCCAGCACUCCUGUGUGUGACCCUGGGAAGUUGCGGCUGUUAGAGGAUGCUGAGGGCUGGCAGCCUCGCACCGGGACCUCCCAGUCCCGCUCCUUCCGCAAACUGGCCCAACUGGUGGGCACAGAUGACAUGGAAGAUCAUGACGAUGUGUUUAUUAAAACCCCCAGCCAGGUCUCGGUGCUGGAUCCAUCCCCUGGAGCAGCGAUGAAGACUGAGCCAGGACUGGCCCCCAGGACCCCCACCGCCACCCCUGGCCCUGCCAGCCGCCCACCCUGGGCUGUGGACCCCUCGUUCGCUGAGCGCUACGCCCCAGAUAAGACAAGCACGGUGGUGAGCAAGCACAGCCAGCCGGCCACGCCAACCCCCAUGCAGAACCGCAGCUCCAUCGUGCAGGCAGCCCAGCAAGGCCCUGAAGGGCCCGGCCGCACGCCCCUCUGCUAUAAGUGCAACAAGGUCAUCAGGGGACGCUACCUGGUGGCGCUGGGACAUUAUUACCACCCCGAGGAGUUCACCUGCUGCCAGUGCAGGAAGGUGCUGGAUGAGGGCGGCUUCUUCGAGGAGAAAGGCUCCAUCUUCUGCCCUAAGUGCUAUGACACGCGCUACGCCCCCAGCUGUGCUAAGUGCAAGAAGAAGAUCACUGGGGAGGUCAUGCACGCACUGAAGAUGACCUGGCACGUGCAGUGCUUCACAUGCGCUGCCUGCAAAACUCCAAUCCGCAACCGUGCCUUCUACAUGGAGGAGGGACAGCCCUACUGUGAGAGAGACUAUGAGAAGAUGUUUGGUACCAAGUGCCGUGGCUGUGACUUCAAGAUUGAUGCUGGGGACCGGUUCCUGGAGGCGCUGGGCUUCAGCUGGCACGACACUUGCUUCGUCUGUGCGAUCUGCCAGACCAACCUGGAAGGGAAGACAUUCUAUUCCAAGAAGGACAAGCCACUGUGCAAGAGCCACGCUUUCUCCCACGUGUGAAGGGCAGGAGUUCAGCUGUGCCCAUGCAUGCCCCUGGCCCUGCAUGCUCCUCUCCCCACCCCUGCUUCCCCCAGGGAGCUAGGCUGGGCCCUCACCCCUUCCCCUUGAUCCUGCCUCUUCCCUGGCAGCUCCUGGCCCAUCUCCACCUGGAGGUGUUGCUGGUUCCAGAGCCCCUUAUAACUGGGUGGCUUAUUCUGUGCCCCUCAACUGGCCCUAGAAGCCCUGAGGUGACACUGCAUGAGUCUUGCUCCUGAGCCACACAGUGUGGCGGCUAUGCCGAGCCUGGAGUCAGCGAGGAUCUGGCACAGCAGGACUGCUCCCUUGCAGCUCUAUGCUAGGGCAGGGAUGCUCCUGGCACAUCCCUGAGCGGCUGAGGACCAGCCCCCAGCCUCCUGCCAAGCUCUCCCCCCCCCUUUCCCUGCUGUGUGCUUAGUGCGUGGGGCUGGACACUCGGCCCUGCUCCCCGGCCCAGGCCCUGCCCACGGUGACCCCCGGCUACCCUACAAACUUCUGCAGUGGCUUCCUACCCCGGCUGUGUGCCAGGAUGGUCUGUCCCCUGUCCCCUGCCCAGCUGGCCUGCUGCGGCCCUGGGGCUGUGUUUGACUGUGCCCCUAGCCUGGCCACGCCAGGGAGCAGGACAGAUUGUCCAGCUCGGCCCAGCCCUCUGCGUGCUGGUGGCCAGUCGGCCAGCGGCUCCUAUCAAAAAGCACUCUGCCACUGCCAUCCCAGGCCUGUAAAUACCUCUCCUAAACCCACACUCUCCGAUCGGGCUGCCAGUGAUGUAGCCACGGUGCUUUUAAUGCCUUUAAUAAACACUUCUCUGCAAGUGCCGGC